AAUUACUAUCGCGGAUUGCAGAUUCGAUAACUGUGGGGAAAUAUAUACUCAGCUGAUUAUGUACAGUUCUUUUUUAUCAGUUGAUUUAUUUGUGGUACUGUCGUCAACCGUUGGCUCAUGAGACGCAAAAAGCGUAAAUGUUGUAAGGAGCGCAAUGGAUGUCAAGCAUGGAAAGAGUCACAGAAAAUCGAAACAAGUUGCUGACGCUCGAGACAAAUACGAUCAACGUCAGCAGCCGACGCACAAGUGUAAGCAACAAGCACAGGAGCGACUUCAUCGCUUACAGACGGGCCUGAAACAUGUGAGCAGCAAAAGGGCCGACAAGGAAAAGCAUAUGAGCACAAGAAUCAGCAGCAGAAAAUGCAGCAACACCAACAGCAGCAGCAGCAGCCCACCUGGGUCAUCUACCACUGCAUCGAGAAAUUCGCCUGCCAAAACGCAUCGCAACUCCUGGAGUAGCUCGGCAUUUACAAGUCAUUCACCUACCAAAACGCAUCGGAGCUCCAACAGUAUCAAGAGCAGGAGCACACUUCAAUCAUCAUCUAUAACUACGUCAGGCCAUUCUCUUCACAAAACGCAUCGGAAAUCCAAUAAUAAUAGAAGCAGGAGCAGAAGCCCGCGUAGAACAUCAUCAACAACUGCCUCAAGCUCUUCGCCUGCCAAAACACCAAGCAAUUCCACCGAGCGUCUAAAGCAGGCAAAGGGCUCUUCUGACACCCUGAAAAGUUUCUGCUUGAACGAGCGACCAACGCUAGUGCAGCCAGCACUCGCCAUCUUCAGUCCACCCAAAAGUGAUGCGUAUGAAACCAGCUCCAAGCGCAUUAAUACUGAUCGUGGCAGUGGCAGAAGCUGUGGCAUGAGCAGCGACAUUGGCAGUGGCGUACGGAAUACCUGGGCAAAGCCCAAGGCGCUGCUUGAUGCGAGCAAUCGAUUGGGCAGCACUCGCUCCAUUAGUGCCAAUCAACGCCUGUUGCUACUGUGCGAGUCACUGCAGCAGCGUCAAAUGGACAAUAAUAACAACAACAACCACGGAAUUGAAACCCCAUCGCCAACUAUAAAACUUCCAGCAGUUGAUAAUGCAAUCAACAGAAACCCAAAGCCAAACUGUGUUCAGUCAAUGGAUGAUGUAGAGCCCAUGGACGUAGACUCGGAGGAAGAUAUUAAGGCUGUAUCCAACAAUACAACUUUGGUCGCUGCCGUAAAGCAGGAUGUGAAUACAAAUAGUUUUGCCAACAAGUCAAUGCAAGUAGAUAAGUCGGGUAUAACUGUGAAUCGCCUGCUAGCAAUUGGAAAAAAGUUGCCCGCACGCUGUUUGGAUCACAUGUAUUUCGUGCUGGAUACAAAUGUAUUAGUUCAUAACCUGGCGUUUGUGGAGGAUGUGUGCCAAUUGGCAUUGGGUGGAACAGAGGGCAGCAUACUCUUUAUACCAUAUAUUGUCAUCAAAGAACUGGACAAUCUCAAUAAUAGGCGCAACGACAAGCAUUUGAACCAUGACGCUGCUAUGCGCGCCAUACGCUAUUUGAACAAGAAAUUUGACAACAGUCUGAAUAUACAAGCUCAAUCUGCGCUAGAGGAGGCGGACCAUUUGAUUGAGGUAGAUUGCCCGGAUGACAGCAUUGUCAACUGCUGUCUUCAGCUGCGGAGGCAGGUGCCCCACCUGACGCUGCUCACCAACGAUAACAAUCUGCGGCUCAAGGGCAUUGCAUCGGAGAUUGAAGUUUCCUGCCGAUCGGAUUUGAUCAAUUCUUAUCGUGAGCAGUUCGAUGCAUUGUCUCCAUAGGAAGUGCUCUAGCGGGAAAGAGCUGGCGGCUGUGAUAGGCAUUUGUCAUAUGGAUGAUUUAAGGAUAAAAUGAAAUAGGAGCAAACACUGCACCGUUGAAAACAUGAAGUACAACCACAUCUAUUUAGCUAUCUGUUUAUGUAUAUAUGAAUGUAUAUAUUUAUGAAUGGUUUUUAAUGCUAAGCAUUUUCUUAUAAAUAAAUACAUCAAUGAAGUAA